AAAAAAACAUCUCUCAAACAAAAAGACAUGAAAUUUUGCUUUUUUCGUCAUAUCUUUUCUAUUUUCUAUCUCGCAAACAAAAAGACAUGAAUUUUUUACUUUUUUCGUCAUAUCUUUUCUAUUUUUGCUUUUUUUGAAAAAGCAUUUGUUACCCUUUGUUACCCUGCAUUUGUUACCCUGCUUCACUUGCUUUUAUUCUUCUUCACUUUAUACCCAAAAUGCCCCUUAAAGAUACGCUCAUGUCUUGUUUUCCCUCCAAAAUUAUUAGUUAUAAUUUUUACCCAAGCUAAUUUUACCUAGGCCUAAGCCAAUUUUACCUUAGGAUCUAACAUAAAUUUACCUAGAUCUAAGCUAAAUUUACCUAGGUUCUAAGCUGAAUUUACCUUAGGCCUAAGCUAAUUUUUUAGUGACGCCAUCAAAUCACCUUAGAACUAAGGUGAUUUUGUGUUAGUUUUGUUAGAAUUGCCUUAGUCCUAAGGUAAAUUUUCGCUUUUUACCUAGGGCCUAAGGUGAUUUUGUGUUAGAUUUUUGGAAUUGCCUUAGGCCUAAGGUAAAUUCGUUCUCAGAUCCCGUUAGAAAGCGUGCUUGAACAUCAUUCACUUCGUAAAUUCAUGGCGUGCAGUUCAAUUUAGUGCUAAGAAAUAUUUAACGUGUAAAAAUUGUUUUAAAAAGUGAAUUAUAAUAUCAAUAACCAAGGAAAAACAAAGAAAAGAAGACAUAAAUACUGUGAACCAGUUAAUUAAAACAAGCGUUUUGGAAAAUAUAUCAAAGUAAGUAAACUCAUUAAAGCCGAUCAAAAAUCACCAAUCCUUGACGUAAAAUAAGACCCAAAACAAGAGCUAAUAGAAGAAUCGUGAAAAAACUACAACAAGGAGUUAAAGAAAAAGACUCAUUAAAGCCGAUCAACAAUUAAAAAAUCACCAUUCCUUGAGGUAGAAUAAGACCCAAAACAAGAGCUGAUAGAAGAAAAUCAAAAAACUUCAACACCAUUGGUCAGGAGUUAAAGAAAAAGAAAACAACGACUUCAAAAUGGAUGCUGAAUUACCAAGUAGUGAACUUGUUGAUGGAAGUGACGUCGAAGUGAAUCUUCAAUCUGAACAAAGUUCAAUAAUUUAUAUGAACGAAAAAGGCGAAUUAUCAUUAGUCAAUCCCAAUGAUCCAAACCAAUUAAACAGGGUUGAAGUUACAGUUCAAAAUAUCAUUCCUCAAAAAGACGCUGAAACAAACGAUGAUGACUUAGAAUUAGCCAAUCUACUCAUGUCGUGGGAACUCUAUGACCAACUUUACAAAUUUCUUAAAGACAAGAAAAUCAACAUUGAGGGGUUGAAAUGCAUGAAGGAAAGACAUAUCGACCAAAUAUUCUUGGAAUUCCCAGACUUCAACACAAAAAUGAUCUUCGAGUCUAAAUUAGGAAUUUGGCAAAACGAAAAUGGAGUUUUUACUGUGAGUCCGAGGCCCGUUAAUAAAUUGACCAAUCAACACUCAGUAGAAUCGUGGGUUAACACUUUGAGUAGUCCAUCGCCAACAAGUAGUUCAUCGGAUUCUGAUGUAACUGUACUAGAAAUUUUGAAGAAAACAGAACAGGGCAGAGCAAUUUUAGAAUCCUAUCGCCUCAAAAAUUGUUUGACUCCAGAGGAUCGAACAAAUUUGGUCCACAAAAUUGUCCAAUAUUUUACUGAAAAUAAAAAGAAAAUGACGGUUAAGAGGUGUGAAAUCUUGGCAGAGGAAAUCGUAAAAAUUUUUCCUACAGAAAACUUGGGUUCGUACUUUGUUCGAGGGUUUAACAAAAUCCCCCCCAAGGGUAAACUGUACGACCGAUAUAGAGGACAACGAAGAUCUCUAAAGCAGCUCUAUAAAACUGAUCCCACGUCAUCAAAGAAAGUUAAACUGGCAGAAGUGGAAGAUAAUUCCAAAGAGGAUUGUGAUGAAGAACCAAUAAACGAGACCGAGAUGCAAAGGGUUUGCGACGAGCUGAAACAAAACCGGGACUGGGAAACAGUUACUAAACAAUGGAAACAAACUAUGCCAUUCAGGAGGGAUAUGAUUUCCCAAAGCUCUGACAUUGACCUCCACACAGUCCUUCAGGAGUGGCCGCUUUACAAAUAUUCACGAGCGCCAGAACUGAUUGCCAUGGAUUACAAUUUUAUAAAACCGAAUAAUGGGUUCGACUUCACCAAAUGGGAACAAUUUUCGAAAAUAGCCCUAGAAUUGUUCACAGCGAGGAUCAAGUGCAGCGCUCUUAAAUCAUUCCUCAAUGAAUUCAGGGAGAAUAUUGACGACCUUGACAUAGAUAACGUCAAUAUUGGCUAUGCAACUCUGUUACAUGGAGUGUUGCCUCCAUCAUCGCAGCAGUUUAAUGGUAAAUUGAAGAAAUUUACAAUUGAAGAUUCAAAAUCAUCUUUCACUCUGGAAGUGGAAUGUGCAGGCCAGGUCGAACCUAUGCUAAAAAUAAAAAGGGAGGAAUGUUUAAAAUCGAAAACAAAACUUCAGCCCCUAAUAAUUGUUGUUGGUGAGAGAUUUCAUUAUAAUAAUUUUUAUGUGUCCUUGGACAAUAUUAUGUUUAAAUUAGAUACUUAUUUGGACUGCAUUAUUUUUUAUUUAAAGCUCGUUUAUGUAUUAAAUAUUCAAUACCCUCCACAGUGUUUUUCGGUAUGGGUUUUUAUACAAAUGUUUUUCUUUAAUAUUCAAGACGGUAAAAAAAUACCUUCUGUUUCAACUUUACUAAAUGAUAUAAAUGCAUUAAUUAAUUAAAUUAUAUCAAUGUAUUAUUUUGUACAGUCCAUGUUCUACAUAUACAGUACUGGACAAAAUAAAAUACGCACUAUCCGAACUUUCACAUUUAUGCUAUUCUCGCUCCCCAAGUUAUCAAUAAAAUAAUCUUUAGUGAGAACUUAAAUUAAGAACUUAAAUUAUUUUCUCUCUCGUUUCAAGCAUUUUUUACAUUAUUUCGACAGAACCGUAUAAGGAUAGUAUUAGACUUUCUUAAUCACUACUUUAGAUUAUUUUAUUGAUAACUUGGGGAGCGAGAAUAGCAUAAAUGUGAAAGUUCGGAUAGUGCGUAUUUUAUUUUGUCCAGUACUGUAUUUAAUGUAUUGCUGAAGUGAGUUUGUAAAAAGAAAGCAUGUUCUUCCAUUAAAAAAUCUAAGAGUAAUUUAUAUUUAAUCUAAGAGUAAUUUAUGUUUAAACAAACAAAACGAAAAUAAAUUAUAUUUAUAAUUAUAAAAUUACAUGAUUUUUUUCUUUUUUUCAAAAAGGAUUUUUUUCAGCUAUGGAUUCACCUAAGGAAAUAGGUAAAAAUUACCUAGGAAUAAGGUAAUUCACCUAAGGAAAUAGGUAAAGAUUACCUAGGAAUAAGGUAAAAUCUGCCUAGGAAUAAGGUAAUUCACCUUAGGAAAUAGGUAAAAAUUACCUAGGAAUAAGGUAAAAUCUGCCUAGGAAUAAGGUAAUUCACCUUAGGAAAUAGGUAAAAUCUGCCUAGGAAUAAGGUAAUUCACCUAAGGAAAUAGGUAAAAAUUACCUAGGAAUAAGGUAAAAUCUGCCUAGGAAUAAGGUAAUUCACCUUAGGAAAUAGGUAAAAUUAGCCUAGGAAUAAGCUAAUUCACCUUAGGAAAUAGGUAAAAUCUGCCUAGGAAUAAGCUAAAUCACCUUAGAAACUAGGUAAAAUCUGCCUAGGAAUAAGCUAAAUCAACCUAGAAACUAGGUAAAAUCUGCCUAGGCCUAAGCUAAAUCACCUUAGAAACUAGGUAAAAUCAGCCUAGGACUAAGGUAAUUCACCUUAGGAAAUAGGUAAAAUUGAAUUCCGAAAAUGUAAUUCACCUUAGGAAAUAGGUAAAAUCUGCCUAGGAAUAAGCUAAAUCACCUUAGAAACUAGGUAAAAUCUGCCUAGGAAUAAGCUAAAUCACCCUAGAAACUAGGUAAAAUCUGCCUAGGCCUAAGCUAAAUCACCUUAGAAACUAGGUAAAAUCAGCCUAGGACUAAGGUAAUUCACCUUAGGAAAUAGGUAAAAUUGAAUUCCGAAAAUGUAAUUCACCUUAGGAAAUAGGUAAAAUCUGCCUAGGAAUAAGCUAAAUCACCUUAGAAACUAGGUAAAAUCUGCCUAGGAAUAAGCUAAAUCACCCUAGAAACUAGGUAAAAUCUGCCUAGG